AUGCACCUCAAUUGCCCCUAUGCACACUCUGUCUAUGUCCAGCCUGAUGGCCGCACAUACAGCCCUCCUCUCUUGGGUUCUUUAUCUUUCGAAGAUAAUGUACAGAUACAGUCUUUGAUCAAUCCUCAAAUCGAUAUCUGUCUUGUUCGAAUGGUCAAAUGGAAAGCAGUAUCUUCAGAAACCCAUACUGGCAAAAAUCCCUUCGCUCGACUUUCCCUUCGACGUUCACCCUCAAGAGCAGAGCAUACUCUUGUAUUAUCUUCAGUAGAAGAGCUGGCCCGAUGCACCAUCACCAUCCCUCCGCUGCCCACAACCCAGGGGCACUUGGAAUUCUCCAUGUCCAUCCCAAGCAACACUCCACCGACGACAAAUACUCCCAUUGCAACAAUCUCCUACGCGAUAGUCGCCACCGUGAACAGACCACCCGAAACCCCAAUAGUAACAACCCACCCUAUGCAACUUGUCCGGUACACUGUUCAAAACGAACCCCAAAGCAUCCAAUAUAUCCGGACAUAUCCAAACUCGAGGACACGCACAACAGCUAUACUGCCCCAAAACGCAACUACCGACUCAAGACCAACCAUAUCUUUUUCUGUGACGAUUUUACUCCGCCCGGCAAUUGCGCCAGGUGAUCGGAAGACAGAGAUGAAGCAUAUUGUCGUCAAGGAUGUCAGGUGGCGUGUGGAUGAAAUAGCCAAAUUAUUUGAUAAACCAAUUGAGGGUCAAAUGCAGAGUAUCUGCAAGGAUAAGCAUGUGCGUUCAUUAUGCAGCGCACGCCAAAAAGGACAUUGGAGCAUACCCAAAAAGCAGUGCUUAGAACAACACAAAGACACACAAAUAUCCAUCACGUUCGACAUAGACAUUUCCCAGGCCGCAAUGGCCGCAGACGACACCAAUAUAUCUGCCUUUACCUGUGGUCAUUUAUACUCGCGCCCCCUCGCCUGCGAUAAUGUCGAUCAACCUUCAACAAGCAAGGCAAUAGCGAUCACAGUCGAUCAUCAACUAGAGAUCGAGCUGCUCGCCGAUGAAGAUACUUUUCAUAUAGAGACUGGGAAACUGGUGGAUAGGAGACACUGGAAAGCAUUCAGUGCCCAGUAUCCCCUUUCUUUAUGCAAAUACUUAGUGGAAGAAGAGGUUCUACCAAGAUACGAAGGCAUAUCCAAUGCACCGCCAGAAUAUGCGGGGCAGUAUUGA